AAUUACAUGCAAAUAAAAAUAAUAACAGAAAACGUAACAGAUAUUACAAAACAAUGAAAGGGAAGACAAUAUUUCUAAGCGAAAAUGAGCCCAGAAUCCGGCGUACAAUGGUUCAGGAUACCAUAACGCUCUAAGUAAAAAGCAACUAAAUAUGCUCUACACAGUGCUGUUGGUGGUCAUAUUACUGUCUUUGCUGUUUUAUUUGGGAACGCGAAAGCCGAGGGGAUAUCCUCCAGGUCCGAAAUGGUGGCCGAUUUUGGGAUCAGCGGUGGAAAUCGCACGCCUUCGCGAGGAGACCGGUUAUCUGUUCGAAACCUGUUCGGCACUCUGCAAGAAAUACGGGCCUGUGGUGGGACUGAAGAUCGGCACCGAUCGUAUCGUAGUUCUUAACGAUCACGAGAGCAUUCGGGCGAUGCUCACUGACGAGGAUUGCGAUGGGAGACCAAUUGGUCCUGUCUACGAGACGAGAACCUUCGGCAAGAGAAGAGGCCUGAUAGUGGUCGACGAAAAUCUGUGGGUGGAGCAAAGAAGAUUCGUGCUGAAGCAGCUCCGUGAAUUCGGCUUUGGCCGGAAAAGCAUGGCCAUGAUCAUCGAGGAAGAGGCUCAAUGGUUGGUCCAGCACUUCAAGAAGCAGAUCAGCGUCGAAUUGAACAGUAAAAUCCAGUCGCAAACAGCGGGAAUGAAGACAAAGUGCAACGGGGAUGAAUACGACGAUGGGAAGAUGUACAAGUUGAUCGAACCGGACGCGAGAGAGAAAUCGGAGCAACGCGCUAAAACAAGGAAACCAUUGAAAGCUGCGGACUUGUACGUGGAUGCCAAUGAAUAUGCAGAAGUGAGGAUGAUGGCAGGGUCCAAUCCUGAGGUAGUGAUCCCAAUGCAUGACGCAUUCGGAGUCACGGUUUUGAACACUCUCUGGAGGAUGAUGGCUGGUAAAAGGUUCAAUGUUGACGACAAGGAGUUGACCUAUCUUCAAAGGAUUCUGACGAAGUUGCUAACAGAGAUCGAUAUGAUCGGUGCACCGUUCGGUCAUUUUCCUAUUCUGAGAUUCAUCGCACCGGAAAUGUCCGGUUACAAGCCCUUUCUGGAGACUCAUCAGCAGCUGUGGAAAUUCUUAAAGGACGAAUUGGAUAGCCACAAAAAUACCUUCACGUCUGACUCGCCCAGGGAUUUAAUGGACGUGUACCUGACUGUUCUCAAAUCGAACAAAUAUAGUAGCACGUUUUCAGAGGCUCAACUACUCGCUAUCUGCGUGGAUCUCUUCAUGGCUGGGUCCGAGACCACAUCCAAGGCCCUCGCCUUUUGUUUUCUCUAUCUUGUCCUCUUUCCGGAAGUCCAAAACAAAGCCCACGAAGAGAUCGACAGAGUGAUCGGCCGGAAACGACCUCCGACACUGGAGGAUAGAGCGAACAUGCCGUACCUGAACGCCAUCGUUUUAGAGUCCUUGAGGAUGUUUAUGGGCCGUACAUUGAACGUACCCCAUAGAGCUCUAAGGGACACCACCAUAUUAGGCCACAAAAUACCAAAAGAUACAAUGCUGAUCGUGAACUUCAACAGAAUAUUGAUGGACGAAUCUUGGGGUGACCCUGAGGAUUUUCGACCGGAAAGAUUUAUCGAUGAACAGGGCAACAUUAUUACUCCGACCGCAUAUUUUCCAUUCAGCAUUGGGAGACAUCGUUGUAUGGGAGAGAACCUGGCCAGAAGCAAUUUAUUUAUCAUAACCACCGCGUUGCUGCAAGAAUUCACAUUUUCUACAGUGCCAGGGGAAAAGAAACCAUCAACCAAGGACUUCGUUGAUGGUGUUACAUCUGGUCCUAAGCCAUAUAGGGUAUUGAUUUCAUUGCGAACGUAAUGUCCAUUCCAUUAAGCAAUUUAGGUCAUUUAACUAAUUCAAUACUAAUUCAAUAUUCAUUUUGUAAUCGUUUUUUCAUUGAUCUUAUCGACUGUUGUAAAUAGUACCACCACUUUCCUUAAUUGCUCAUUUAACAAUAUGUACGUAUCAUCGCGAAACUGACUUCACCUUUGUAUCGUUAAUCUAAUCUUGGCUUCUAUGAAAGUCAAUAGUAUUGUUCAGAAAAAUAUAUUUUAUUUUAUACGAAAAU